AUGUCUCCUUCUAUUCAAAUGCACAACACUAAUUGCUACUGCACCAGAUGCAAUAAUAAUGAUCAAGGAGUUUCCCGAGUAUUGAGAUGUACUGCUCAGCGUCAUAAUAAAAGAGCUAGAUUUGAAGCUGAAAAGAGAAGCAUGGAAGUAGAUACUGAAAUAAUCCCAAUAACAAUAGAUGGUCAGACCAACUCACCUAUUUUGGAUAUCAUCUCGACGUUUGACAACGACAUCUUUGGUGGUAAUAACUACAAUGGUGAUGAGUCUUACAUGACCUAUGACAAUGACAGUGAUAACAAUGGCAAAGAAGACACUGCCGAGAUUUAUGUUGAAGAGUUUAACAAUGAGAGUCAGUUUUAA